UGGUAAUGGCGCCGGGCCUGCUCGCCGCCCCGGCCCGGGGGCAGCCGCGGGGCGCUGGAGGGCGGCGGGGGGCGCAGGGGCACAGCCCCGGGGCAGCCCUCGGGGGCGGCGUCGCCGCGGGCUGCUCGGAGGGGCGCCGCCGGCCGUCGCCGUGGUGGCUGUGGGGUGCCCUCAGGUGUCCUCUCUCCUGGCAGGCCGAGGCAGAGGAAACCCUAAGGAGGAUCCAAGCCCACAAAGGGGUUGUCGCAACUAUUGUUAUAAACGCUGAAGGAAUUCCAAUAAGAACAACUCUUGAUAACUCUACAACAGUCCAGUAUGCAGGUCUUCUUCAUCAGCUCACCAUGAAAGCUAGGAGCACAGUGAGAGAUAUUGAUCCUCAGAAUGAUCUAACCUUUCUUAGGAUCAGAUCAAAGAAACACGAAAUUAUGAUAGCUCCAGAUAAUGAGUAUCUCCUGAUCGUUAUUCAGAACCCAUGUGAAUAGUCCUACCAUGGCAAUAUUAAGAGACAGUGAUGUAGUUCUAGUUCUUAAACUAAUAUUACUUGUUGAUAUUUAAUAUCAAACAUAGCACUAUGUAAUUUUACCUAAAGUUUUAACUCAUGACUAUUACGUUGCUAAUUUAAAGUUCUCAGUUGUAGCUGUAUCAAUUUGUGUUUAAGCAAAUCGUAAUGCAUAUAUCAAAAUAUCCUAUGUUUGUCUUGAU